AAAUGUAUGCAUUAUACUUCUGUAUUUUGGAGCUUUGUUGUGCCUCAAUUAUACGUACGCAUAAUGGCUCAGUAAACCAACUUAAUUAAUACAGAUGCCACCAUGUUAUGCAUGUACAUUAAGCAACAAUUGACUUUUUUUCAUAUAUACAAGACCCUAAACCACAUGAAUUCCUGUUGCAUAAACAGCCAAUUUAGGUCAUACAGGCUUUGUAUGAGGUUGUGUAGGUUUAAAUUGCAGAAUUGCACUUUAAAUCAUGCCAGUCAAUUUCAGAGGGGCAUUCCUCCCUUUCUACUCCCCAGGCUUUCUUCCAGGUCUUAUCACUGCUGUGAGGGCUUGGGCUGGCUCUACAGCUGAGAUCGCGGCCGCUACUGUGGCUGAGAAAAGCGCCGUGGAUGUUCUCCGGCCCGUGCAAGAAAACAAUCUGGUCCUACAGGCAUCGAAAGUCCUCGUAGACCAGGACGAAAUAGAUUCUGAAGGUGCUCCUAACGUUGAGAUGCCUGCCGACGCAACUGAUGUCUCGGGAGAUGCAAAUACUCUCUAUGCGGAGGAGGUGAGACCCGAGGAGGUUACAGGUCCAACGGUGGAGGAGUCGGCCGUGUCGGAAUCUGAAGUGCCUUUGGAGGAGGAGGCUUCAGUGGGGAAGGAGGCUCAGCCAGAAGAAACGGACGAGGCUGAAGAGCCCACUGCUGAGGAGGCCCUGGACGUCGUAGCAUCCUCUCAGGGAGAGGACGGUACUCUGGCCGGGAACGCUGACCGAGCAACCGAAGCUUCAGCAGUUUCCGAAGAGGAGGCCCCUAGGGAGGCGGGGCCCGACGAGACGGGCGCGUUGGAAGAGGAGUCUGCGCUGAUCGGGGAGGCGACGGGCCACCCGGCAGAAGCAGACUCCGGAUCCUAUGCGGAGAUUAUUCAAGCUGUUGAGCCACUGUUGACAUCGGAGGCCCCAGUGAAGGAUGCUGGACAUUGCGUAUCCUGCCACGCUUCUGAUAACGCCGGAGAGGGAGUGGCGCCACCUGGUGGGCUUGAAGUAGAAGUGCAGCAAGUGGUCGAUGGUGACAGUGGGGAAUCCAUGGAUUUAGCAGAAGCUACUGAGGGAGUGUCUGCUGUGGACGGACAACUGGCUGAGAGUUUGACUUUGGUUUCAGCCGAGUCGUGAGAGCAGGGAGGUGAAGUUAUCUCCCCUGACCAGUCCUCUUUCCAUGAUGAGUCCAGCUUGGUGGAAAAAACUGAGAUAUGCUUCUUUAGUUAUCGUCUGCCUCAUAGCAUAAUUGCCGAAGUCAUAUUAAGGCCACAUUGUGAUAUCGAACCGAACUCUACCAUGGACCUAUAAAGAAAAUCUACUCUCCUAAUGCUGCUGAUUCAUUGGCUGUAUCCUAAGCCAAUCAGAGCGCUUUUUACAUUCCAUAUUAUCUAUCUGACUAAGUCAUUGAUUUGGGAAUUUUUGACACUAAAUACAAGAUAAACCUUAAAAUCGGACUUAGGAAUUAUGCUGUGAGGCUAAGGAAAUUAAGUUGAAUGGUGAUUCUUAUUUUGCAUUAUCCUUACUCAUGCUGUCCCUGUUGUGUUGAUGGGAGGGCAUCUUGUUAUGGUUUUACCACAUAUCUUCUUCAACAUGUUAACACAUUAACACAUAUUUUUGUGAUAGAUUGAAUAUUAUAUAAUGCAGUUUAUUUUCAAAAGUAGACGUUGGUGUCAUUAGGUCAAAAAGUGUUACAUUUCGAUUCAUAUUCUAAGAAAUAAGAAAUUGAAGGUAUUUUAUAUCUAUAUUUAUCAUAUAAAUACAAUGUAUAUAUCCAAAUACAGUAUAUGUUUAUUAUUGUAUUAUUAUUUAUGAUAUAUUUGUUUUUCGUUAAUAUCACAUUGUGCAAUAUGUCUAAUAGUUUGGACGUCACAUAUAUUUGUGUUGAAUAAUAUACUUUUAUAUAUUUGAAGUAAUCGAAGACCUUAAAUGUCAAGGAUGAAUUUGAAUGUCAUUACUAAGGCAGUCAUCUUAACUUCUUUUGAUUGAGGUCUAUAGGCCAUAUGGCCUAUAUUUUUGUAUAUGAUUUGGGAAGUUUUAAUAAACAAUACCAUUGUGAAAUUAAAUGUGAGAUAUAACGUCA